AUGUCUCGUCGUCCAAUAUACUUUAAUCCCUCGGCUGCGGAGGAGCGCUGCGAUUUCUCGAACAUCCAAGGCCUCAAUCAUUUCCACCACUCCCUUCCUGGUUACCGUCCAACGCCAUUGGUUUCACUCCCCGACAUUGCAGCCGGGUUAGGAGUCAAGGCGGUUUUCGUCAAAGACGAGAGCGACCGUUUCGGACUGCCUUCCUUCAAGGUUUUGGGCGCAUCGUGGGGGUGCUAUCGCUCUGUGGUGUCACAUCUGGGACUGUCCCCGACAGUGUGCCUUGAAGAUGUGAAGGAUCGGCUCAGGAGGAGCCCAGUCACUCUCUUUGCAGCCACGGAAGGAAACCAUGGACGAGCGGUCGCCUUUAUGGCCAGGCAUCUCGGGGUCACCGCGCGAAUCUUCGUCCCUAGAUCGAUGGACGAGGAGACGCGUAACCGCAUUGCAUCCGAAGGCGCAGAGGUGGUCGUCAGCAACGGCGACUACGAUCAAGCAGUCCAGGAGGCAUGGGCCGCAUCACGGAACGACGGUGGACUACUGGUUCAAGACACCGCGUUCGAUGGAUACGAGGAGGUCCCAGCAUGGAUCGUAGAGGGUUACUCGACAAUGAUGACGGAGAUCGAUGAACGGCUCAGCCAGCUUGGCCUGCAAAGCACCUUGACUGUUACCCCUGUGGGCGUCGGAAGCCUGGCGCAUACCGCGGUCAGACAUUGCAAGUCUCGAGCCAGCCCAAUAGCUGUCGUGGCUGUUGAGCCGGACAGCGGACCGUGUCUGAUCUCCAGCCUUCAUGCUGGCACGAUGGUCACAGUCAAGUCUUCAGAAACGAUCAUGAAUGGAAUGAACUGUGGCACGGUGUCAGCCACUGCGUGGCCCGACCUGCAGCGAGUCAUUGAUGCUGCAGUCACAGUUUCAUCGUAUGAGAGUCAUUGCGCCGUUCAGUAUUUGGCAUCUCACUCGGUACACGCUGGUCCUUGUGGCGGAGCAUCCCUGGCUGCUAUCCGGCGGUUGAAAGCGUCAGGCCAGGCCGCAUCACUACUCCAAAGGGACUCUGUGGUGGUACUCCUCUGCACUGAAGGUUCCCGUCCGUACCCCCUUCCCCGCGAUGUGGCAGUCGAGGACCCUGUGGGUUUGACGCAAGCCCUGACACAAAUCAACUCAUCCAACCCGACACUCUCCGUAGCUGAUGGUGUGGGAGAGAGCGAGAUCGCCGACUAUCUUGUUGCUUGGUUCGCUCAUCGUGGGAUGGAGUAUCAUCGCAUCGAGCCGGUCGCUGGUCGGCCAUCCAUCGUCGGGGUAUUGCGCGGUAGUGGCGGCGGUCAGUCGUUGAUGUUCAACGGUCAUAUUGACACUGUCACUUUAACCAGCUACGAUCAGGACCCGUUGUCCGGCCAGCUGGGUGAGAAGGAGGGCAAGCCAGUGAUUUUUGGACGAGGUAGUCUGGACAUGAAGGGCGGACUGGCAGCAGCUCUGGCAGCUCUUGCGGCGAUCAAAGCCAGUGGUCGCACCCUUCGUGGAGAUGUCAUCGUGGCAGCUGUCUCAGACGAGGAAGAUGCUUCCCAGGGAACUCGCGAUGUUAUUGCCGCCGGGUGGCGUGCAGAUGCUGCAGUGGUUCCUGAGCCCACCAUGGGGGCAAUCGCAAUUGCGCAUAAAGGGUUCGUGUGGGUGGAAGUGGACAUUCUCGGUGUUGCCGCGCACGGCUCGGAUCCUCAAGCGGGGAUAGACGCCAUCCUUCAAGCGGGUUGGUUCUUGCAAUCUCUAGAGCAGUAUCAAAAAGGGCUGCCUAUCGACGAUACCUUGGGACAGGCCUCUCUGCAUUGCGGGCUGAUCAAGGGAGGUCAGGAACCCUCCUCGUAUCCGGAUCGAUGCACUAUCACCAUCGAGUUCCGGACGAUUCCUGCUCAAUCCGACGAGUCUAUACUUCGGGAUGUGAAUACUCUCUUAAGUGAUAUUGCAAAGGCGAAUCCUCGCUUCAGAUAUGCUCCGCCGCGCCUCACUGUUUCGCGUCCGACACAGAAGCUCUCAGCGGAUCACCCUCUAGUCCAAAAGACUGCAGCAUGUGCUGCUGAGGUACUGGGGAGCUAUCCUGAAGUGGUCAGCGUACCGUUCUGGUGUGAUGCGGCUCUAUUGAGUGAAGUGGGAGUUUCUGCAAUCGUAUAUGGUCCAUCAGGAGCGGGACUACACAGCAAGGAGGAAUGGGUGGAAGUCGAAAGUCUCCAAAGGAUGACCAGAGUCUUCGAAGAGUUGAUCCAAGAAUUCUGUGCUUGA